CAGAAGCUAGGUAAGCUAACUGGGAGUGAAGAAGCUCUAGGGCUCCCCAAAACACGAGGGAAAGUCCCGCCGCGGGUUUGGGGCCUUUCCUCCCCAAUCCCGUUACCCAAUGAGCUGGCCCGGAAACCACCGCGGGUUUCGCGCCGUUUGUUCCCUCGUGGUCUCAUCGCGGCUACUACAAUCUUGGGGAGCGUACGCUACGGCACCAGCGGGGUUGACUCUGACUCUGAAGUUAUCGUUUAAUUCCGUUGCUGGGUGCGUGGGUGCGUGGGUAGGAAUUCCAGUGCUCGAUGAAUUCCACAGUGAAUCCCGCCUUUCUUGCUUGCUCCCCUUACCCCGCCGUCCCCGCUUGGUCUCUGGUCUCUAGUUCUAGGAUAUCGGUCGGAUUGCCGGUGUUGAUUUUGUGCUGAAUGCCUGCUGACUACUACUACUAGAGCUAAAGCUUUGCCUGCCAUUUGUGGGGACCUCCAGUAAAUCUAGCUGUUAUAGAGCACUCUGAGAAAUAAAAC